CAGCUGUUUGCUCCAGAUCUAGAUGUUUCAAUUCAACUUUAUUUUUCAUUCGGAAUUCAGUCACCAAAGGGUGAAGUGUGAUAAAAAAUGAUGUCUUAUAUUCAGCUGCCUUGGUUAUCCAGUAAAGUGCCAUUGAGCCAAUUGAUUUUAACAAGUUUUUUGUGUCUAAUUGUGUUUUUCGGCCUGGCUAAACUCGUGUCCAUUCCGCUGCGCAUCGACGACUUUGAUAGCUUCAGGUUGAACCCCACUCAGGAUGUCCAAUUAGCAGGUCAAGGAUUUGGGAAAUCUGUGCUAAACCACUGA